CAAUACCUUUGACAUCAAACUUCCUGUAUUUUCAUUAGUUUGAUCACUUAACACCGAUAAGAUGUUUUUUUGAAAUAGUAUUGUUUAAAUGACAUCUUUGGUGUAUCUAGUGAUAGGAUUUACAAGUUGUAUCUUUAAGGUAAUAGAAUCGACACAGCAACCAGAGAUAACAGUUACAACAGAAGUUACUGUUGGUUUUAAUGUAGAUUUAACUUGUUCAUAUCCUGUUGAAGAAAACAAGACUAGAACAUUUAAGUGGUAUGUGAACGACACACAGCAUAGUAUUGUACAACAGCGUAUUCUACGGUUUAUCGUAAAGAAGACGGAUAAAUACAAUGUCUACAAGUGUGAGGUAGAAGUAACUACUACAGGAAGCCAGGGAAAACCUCGGUAUCAUAAAACCAUAAAGCUGCAACCAAAAUACCCACCUACUAUUCAUAUGAAACCACUCUACAUAUGUGACAGAUUAUUGAACAUCAAUUUGAGUUGUGAAGCGGAGGGUUACCCAGCAAAGUAUACGUUUAGCAACUGGGAACAUCGUGUUGAUGGUACCGUAAUUCGACACCUCCCAGGUGUCAACAUUGACAACAUUUCUUACCUGAAGUUGUCACGCUGUACUUAUCAGGAUACAGGAACGUACUACUGCACAGUCGGGAACAAUGUCUCUCAUCCCAAUAAUACACAGACUUCUGUUGGUUCUGUUGAUUUUAAAGUUAAUGAUUAUCCUGUAGUUAUAGGACAUAGCAUAGUGAACGCCACAGACAGUUUUGAUAUUAUGAUAUCGUAUUAUUCAUAUCCAACGGUGAUACAUCAAAAACUAUACCGUGAUAGCAUAGAACUUGUCCCCCCCAAAUUCUCUCAAAACCUGGACAUCCCAUUCUUGAUUCAUAGAAAAAUUGUACCGAUAGAGGGCACUGUUCUAGUGAUCAAAGUAUCUAACACGGGGGAUUACAGAUAUGUUAUCCAGAACAAUUAUGGAUCGGUAAAUGGAACAGUAGAUGUUUGGAGCAGAAAGACACAAAACGUUCCUUCAGUAGGAACAACAACAGAAGAAUUGCCAUUGUGUUCGUUUAUGUCCCUUGGAUUUCAACUUCAAGUUGUGAUUAUUGUUGUUGCUGGUAUUGUGGUAUGUGUUGUUGUCCUGGCUGUUGCUAUGAUAGUCAUUCGUCGCUGUGGAAGCUCUGAAACUUCUCGUGACAAAACAAAAGAAACACAAAAGGAAAGAAGAUUAACACGAGUAAGAAGUGUACUGGAAGAUGGGACGGUAGUUUAUGAUGAAGUCGAUGAUUCAAAAUGGGUACAAGAAAAAAAAGAAAGAAAAGCAAAGAAGAAAAAAGUUGUGAACUGUAAUGUACCUGAGGCAUAUGAGGAUGUUGGUGUAAAGAAUCCCGGACAGAGUUAUGAAAUGCUACAUAAGCACAACAGUAAAUCAAAGCCAUUUUUCCGCAAAAAGUCUUCAAAAGUUGCAAAAAGGAUGGAAAUACUGACAACUAGCGGUCCAUCGGGCACUCAAGAAAACCUAUACUCAACCAAUUCUUCAAACUCCGAUCACUACGACAAUACAGCGAUUAAACCGGACGUUAAAACAAGUUUGUCUAAAAAUAAAAUAUCCCUUCCAAAAAGAGAGAAUAAGGGUGACAGUAUUGUUGUAUACGAUGAUGCGAUUUCCAAUGACAAAUUAGUUAUAAGCUGCAAAGCUACUGUUCAUGAACCCUGCGAGUAUAUCACUAUGAAACCUAAGGAUAAGGAGGAUAGAAGUAUGAUGAAUAAGGAGGAUAGAAGUAUGAAGGAUAAGGAGGAUAGAAGUAUGAAGGAUAAGGAGUAUACAAGUAUGAAAUCAAAUGUGACACAAGGAAAGGACGAUGGAGAUAUUGAAGAAGCCUUAUAUGUUAAUUUGAAGCUUAGAUAAUGUAGUUGGUUGCGAUUUCGAUUAAAAAAGAAGUAUUAUUAUGUA